AUGGAUAUUUUCUUCCUGCAAGUUCCGAGCACCGUACAAUUGUGGCUGAAGGAGACUGCAGUGGUGGAUGAGACCAAGGAGCGCUUAAAGACGUUGGUGGCGAUUGUUAAAGAGAAGAUUGCCCCAACAGACCAAGGAAGCGUCCGCCAAGGCAAAGCCAAGGCUCGACCGCGUCUGCUUGGUGUAGUUCCGAUCGUGAAGAAGCGGCGGAAGCGCCUGCGAAGUCGCCACCCUAUCAUCGACGCGUUUCUGAACGAAGAAGACGGCGCAGAUGCCUUUGCUGAUUUGGAAGACUUCAUUGAAUAG